AUGGCUGACCUUACCUCUUACCAAACCGCUUUGGCAAUCCUCCCGCCUGCACAUCUCGUGCAACAUGUCAACACUUUGCGCGCCGCCUACGACAAGGCUUCUCAGAAGUGGCCCGCUCACAUCAAUCUCCUCUAUCCUUUUGUGCAUCCUGAUUCUGUGCCAAGCGCCAUCUCCCUUUUGCGCUCAGCUUUGGACGGGCUCCAUGCCAGCGGAGCCACGUCGUUGAAGCUGGACGACACAGGUUACUUCGCCCACAAGCACUCCAAUACCAUUUAUAUCUGCCCCAAGGAGGACGACUCCCUCCGCACACUCCACCACAAACUGUUUAGUCUCUUUUCUCAAAGUGCCCCUCCUCAGUAUACCCCGCAUUUGACCGUCGGACAAGCCAGUAACGAUGAGUUGCGGGAUUCUCUGAGAGCCAAGGCACGUUUAUUACCAGCCAUCGAAUGGCCUUUGGAGGAAUUGGCUAUCUUGGUUCGCGGAGACGACGAUGUAAUGAGGGUCUCGGCAACCAUCCCCAUCUCCACCGCUCAGUAUCCUGUCCAAGGUCUUUCCAUAUCGCGACCUUUAGCCUCACCGAACCAAGCUUCCAAUGUUUCAAAUGAGACAACAUACCGCUUCGACUCACUUACAGCUUCUUGGAUCCCGUGUACGACAGUAGAAGCUCCGCAGAUGAUGCCCGCUUCCUUCAGAAUAUCCAGUUACAACGUUUUGGUAGACUCCAUCUACCCGCCCGCCUACGAGAGAUUUGGAAUCCUGGUCCAAACUCUGCUUUCGGAAUCCGCGCGAGCCGAUGUGCUUGUUCUACAGGAGGUCUCGGACGACUUUCUAAGCCAUCUCCUCCAAGACGAAGAAGUCCGUAGCUUGUGGCCAUACGUGUCUCACGCCCCACCCGAUCAAGGAGACAUCGGGCCCCUGUUGAGUCUACGCAACAUCGUCGUCCUAUCACGCUGGGCCUUCGACUGGGAGAUGGUGACUUUUGAACGCCGCCACAAGGGUGCUGUCAUUGUCAAAAUGAAAAGCGUCGGUAAGGUGGUUCAAUCCGGCGCGUUCCAGCCCUUGGUCAUUGCUGGCAUACACCUGACCUGCGGCCUCACCGAUGGCUCCGUGGCUGCCAAGAAGAGCCAACUCCGUUCUCUCAUGAACCAUCUCUCCGGAACAUACGCAGACUGCCCGUGGAUUGUCGCGGGAGACUUCAACGUAGCAACCUCUACGCGUACAAUCGAAGACGCCAUCAAGACCCAGUCUGUUUCCGCUGAGACGGUCCGGACACUGGCCGGUUUGGAACAGCUUCUCGAGGAAUCAGGCCUGCUGGACGCUUGGGCAGUUUCUCGGCCGCACCAUUGCCCUGAGAAUGUAGAUGGUGAUGACGACGACAUUGCCGAGGGAGAGCGAGGUGCAACGUUCGAUCCAGGGAAAAACCCACUAGCUGCUGAAAUCGUCGGCCACGGCCUGACUCACCGGCCUCAGCGAUAUGACAGGAUUCUGAUCAAGGGGGAGGAAGCCCUGGAAGUUGCCAACUUCAACAUGUUUGGGCGUCCGGGAUUAGAGGAGCAGCGGUGCGGAAGUGAUCAUUGGGGGAUUCGAGCGACCUUGAAAGUCACAACAUCACCUGCUUUAGCGAAUGUGGAGGUUGAAAGCAUCUCUGCCGUCGUCCCUCCUGCUGGACUCGACUCUGCAUCCCUGCAGAGCUUCGUCAAGAAUCACUCGGGGUUUCCAACCGAAGCUGACACGCUCAAACGACGAGAGGUUUUUUCUCUCUUGAGAUCCACGCUUCAGCAAAUCUCCGCAGCCGGCAGCAAGAUUCCUCUGAUAGUUGUUCCUGUUGGCUCCUACGGCCUGGGCGCCUGGAACGUCGCAUCGGACAUUGACUGUCUUUGUAUCAGCUCCGUCAGCUCGAAAAUAUUCUUCACCCUGGCGAUCAAGAACCUCCGGAAAGCCGCCACGCAAGGCGUGCGCAUCCUCCGAAAGGUCGAAGCCCAUUCCGGAACGAUGCUCGAGCUCGACAUCCAAGGCAUCAAGCUCGAUCUUCAGUACUGUCCCUCCGCAAACAUCGCAAACAGCUGGCCAGCCCCGCUCUCCCUCCCAGCAAACGACCCGCUCUUCUCGCUCCCCCUCCAGACGCUCUCCAAGCUCAAAGCGAUCCGCGACCUCGCGCACCUCCUCCAGACCACUCCGGACGUCGCCGCCUUCCGCACCGCGUACCGCUUCCUCGUCGCGUGGGCGACGCGCCGCGGCAUCUACGCCGCGCGCUUCGGCUACCUCAGCGGCACGCACAUCGCCCUGAUGCUCGACCGCGUCGCGAAGCUGCUCUCGUACCACGACGACGACGAUGACGACGUCGACGACAUCAACGUACUCACCCCCGCCCACCUCGUCUGCACCUUCUUCCACCACUACGCCCGCUUCGACUGGGCCAAAGACGUCGUCGAGGAUCCGCUGAUCGUCGCGCGGCGCGCGGCGACGCAUUCCAAUACGUCGUAUCGGCGGCGAGCGGCGGGCGGCGAUCACGCAGAGCCGAUGGUGGUGCUGGGCUACCACGCGCCUCGGGUCAACGUCGCGAGGGCGGCGACGGCGCCGGCGGUGGCGGUGGUGGCGGACGAGUUGCGGCGCGCGGCGGGGAUGGUGGUGGGGGCAUCACUCUCAUCGUGGGGGGAUGUUGUUGGUGCGGGGCCGGAUGAUGCGGCCGGCGAGUUCUUGGCUGCGUACAAGAGCUACGUCCGCGUUGACGUUCAGUACUGGGGGAAGAGCUCGGUCAAGGGGAGGCAGCUGGUUGGGUGGGUUGAGAGUCGUUGUCCUUCGAUGCUUGUUGAUCUCAACAGAAAAGUUCCCGAAAUCCACGCGCGGAUGUGGCCGAUGCGGUUCACGAGGGCUUCGGGCAACGAGGAAGGAGACCAUUACGGAUGCUACCUGGUUGGCCUCGAGAAGCGGCAACAUGGCGAAGCGAGCGGGAAGCUGGACGAUGGCGACCGCAAGUUGGCGCAGAGCAAGCUCGACAGUGCGCUGGAACGGUUUUCGGAGCAGAUCCGCGGGAACGAAGGCUUUUUUGACCCGGCUUCGGCGUGGGUCGAGGUCAAGCACGUCGGACGAGGGAAGCUUGAAGAGUUGGUUGUGGAUCGCAAUGAUUGGGGCAAUGACCUGGAGGAGAGCUGGGAGUUUGAGGAUGAGGAGGAGGACGAAGAGGAUGAUCAGGUCGACGAGCUGGACGAGCUGGCCGAGACAGCGUCAUCGGCUGCCGUACCCCAGGCCGACGGCGCAUCGAGGGUCGGCAAGAAGCUCCGGCCGGCAACUGACAUCCUCCACCGACUGCGCUGGGAUGCGAAUCUCCACAGCGCCGACUACGUGGUAGGCUACGUAGAUCGGUUCCUGGGGACGCGGGAGAUUCCUUUGGAUCGCUGGAAAGUGGAGCAGACGGACGAGGAGUUCAUUCCGCAGCACCGGAUCCUGUACUUCAGACGGAGGUCGGACGGUGCCAGGGUUUGGGAUAGAGAGGCGAGGUUUGAUGCACUUUCCGGAAGCAGCUCCUAG